AUGUCGCAUACCGGUACAUUUCGAGGAACGCCCAAUAAGACCAUCGGCAGAGGAAGGCUGCCCGACUUCGACGGUUCCAACGCUUCCCACAUCCCCCGGCCCCGAUCCGACCGCCCUGAACCUACCUCUUCCCACCCCCCAUCCAGCGACGUUGGCAGCGGUACCGGCACCAUGAGCGCCGCCAGUAGUAGACAGCGACAAACCCAGUCGAAGCGUGAUGAGGCAAUCCGUCUCAAGAUGGAGGCCAAUCUCAACAAGAAGAGGCAAAACCCGACCAAGGCCACCCGGUCUCGCAAAGCCCCACCGGGCACUGUCCUGGCCCUGAAGCCCAGCCAGGCCCUCCAGAUCAAGCCUUCCCUCAGCAUUUCGGAGGCGGCUCAGUUGAUGGCCGCCAAGCGCGAAGACUGCGUUUUGGUCACCGACGAUGAUGAGCGCAUUGCUGGUAUCUUUACGGCGAAAGAUUUGGCUUUCCGUGUGAUCGGAAUGGGCUUGAAGGCCCGUGAGGUCCUGGUCUCCGAGAUCAUGACCAAGAACCCCUUAUGUGCACGAACAGACACCAGCGCAACAGACGCGCUCGACCUGAUGGUUCGGAAGGGCUUCAGACAUUUGCCUGUCAUGGAUGAGAACCAGGAUAUUUCUGGUGUUUUGGAUAUCACAAAGUGUUUCUACGAUGCGAUGGAGAAGUUGGAGCGCGCCUACAGCUCAUCGCGGAAGCUCUACGAUGCUUUGGAGGGUGUUCAGACGGAGCUUGGCUCUAGCCAACCCCAGCAGGUGAUCCAGUAUGUCGAGGCUUUGCGGUCGAAAAUGUCUGGCCCGACCCUUGAGUCCGUGCUGGAUGGCAUGCCGCCUGUGACUGUCUCGGUCCGAACUACUGUGAAGGAUGCUGCAGCUCUGAUGAAGGAGCACCACACCACUGCUUUGCUCGUGCAGGACCAGGGCUCCAUCACCGGCAUUUUCACCAGCAAGGAUGUUGUCUUGCGUGUCAUUGCUCCUGGCCUUGACCCUGCCACUUGCAGCGUCGUCCGUGUCAUGACCCCCCACCCUGACUUUGCUCCCUCCGAUAUGAGCAUCCAGGCUGCGCUCCGUAAGAUGCAUGAUGGCCACUAUCUUAAUCUCCCCGUCAUGAACGAGGGCGGUGAAAUUGUCGGCAUGGUGGAUGUUUUAAAGCUUACCUAUGCUACUCUUGAACAGAUCAACACCAUGCAGACUCAGGAUGACGAGGGCCCUGCAUGGAACAAGUUCUGGCUUUCAAUGGACCAUGAAUCUGACUCCAUGGUCUCGGGCAGCCAGAGCCAACAGCCACAUACUCCCCACCGCUCUGUCAUGAGUCCGGACAUGGCUCGCUCAGGCUACGAUAACAGCGUCCUUCCUAACGAUUCCGCAUCACACAAUGGCGCAGAGGAGCACUCAGAAGUUGCAUCUCAACAUCACCAUCAGCAAGCCGAGGACGUUCCAUUCCCUUUCAAGUUCAAGGCUCCCAGCGGUCGUGUGCACCGAGUGAACGUGUUGACCUCUGCUGGUGUCGAGGACCUUGUCAAGCAGGUAACAGCCAAACUGGGUAGCGAGAUCGAGGCUGUUGGUGGUGAAGCGGUUGUUGAAGAAGGCCGCCUCAGCAACACUGGCUAUGCUCUCAGCUAUAUGGACAAUGAGGGUGAUACUGUCUCGAUCACCACCGACCAGGACAUGUUGGAUGCCAUCAACCUUUCUCGUGCGACUCGUCGUGAUAAGGUGGAUCUUUUUGUUCAUGACCCGUCUCAACCACCCAUUCCUGCCACUGUUGAGCCCCAGCCCGUUAAAGCUGCCACCCCUAUCAUUGAAGAGCAGGCUAGUGUUGCGGAUUCCGCUACCACUGAAGAGCCCAUUGUGAAACCCCGGCAGCAACAAUUCCCUUCGCAUGGACACGGCCCCGAAGACCAGCUCAUUGCUGGUGUUCCCAAUGACCUACUCCUUCCUGGAGCCAUUGUGACCUUGGCCGCGGUUAUUGCGGGUGUGUUCAUCCUCAGCCGGCCCAGCGGUCGCUAA